CAUUUUCUCCAGUGUAACGUUGUGAGGUUCAUUCUGUCGUCACAACUGGUUUAUGUCUUGUUUUGUCACUGCAUCCUCACACUAUGAGUCUGUUAAGAGAAAGAAGGAUAUCAUUUCCAAAAGCCUAACAAAAUGCAGCAGUGCAAUAUUAUGAAUAAUAUUACAUUACUUUACAUGAAGUCUUUUUUCAGUUUUUGGACUAUUCCUGUUUGCACUUCUCUUAUCCUAUAAUCCACAAUGUGCCGUAUGACUGCAUACUUUGUUGUAAUAUGCGGUAUAUACAUCAUGUACAUUUGGCAGAAUUGACAGUAAAGUUGACUUGGCCUCUGCCUUGAAAAGUUGUACAAUGCCGCCCUCUGCUGGUUAAACUCGACAUGGGAACAUAAACAUGUUACUGAAGAUGAUAUAUAUCUGGGUAAACCAUGACAGUGUUUAUAAUAACAAUAAUAAUCAUAAUAAUCAAAUGAAUUAAUGAUUAGUUAUAAUGAUAAUAAUACGUCAACGGAGGUUCACCAUGAAGUGAACGCACCCCCAUUGACCAAUGAUCGUUCGCAGCGUCGUUAACACAUGACGCAAGUCGACAUUCUAACUUUCACUUUCUCUUCUGUCUUGACUUUCAUGGUCGGACUCACUUGAUCGCCAACGAGACGAACCUUGAUGCCUUAAAAUUAUUGGACAGUCAUUGAUUAUUCUUAUAUUAAAUAUAUAUUGAUUAUUAGAGUCAAUAAUCUGUCGCGUGACUCGGAUAAAAAAGGUGCAGUCAUGGGAGAUUUACUGAAGGAAAUACAGAUCAUGUCCCCAGAGGCAGCAGACGUCCUGAAACAAGCAGGUUAUGAAACCGACAGUGAAAUCCAGUCACUGACUCGAGAGGAUCUGACCCAGCUGUUACCCAGAGCCGGGGAUUUCAAACUGAGAAAGAACGUGUUUGAGAUGAUUCAAAAAUCGAGGCCACCAAAUAUGCUGCUAAAAGAACUCGGAGAUCAGCAAAAUGAUUUGGCCAGCUGUGCAGUCAUGGGAGAUUUACUGAAGGAAAUAAAGAACAUGUCCCCAGAGGCAGCAGACGCCCUGAAACAAGCAGGUUUUAAAACCGACAGUGACAUCCAGUCACUGAAUCGACUGGACCUUAACGAGCUGUUACCCGGACGCAAGGAUCUCAGACUGAGAAAGAACGUGUUUGAGAUGAUUCAAAAAUCGAGGCCACCAAUUAUGCCGCUAAAAGAACUGGAAGAGCUGCAAAGUAAUUUGGCCAUCUCUGCCCAAAUUGCCCCUGGGGUCUCUAUGGACCACAUCCGUUUCAUUAAUGAACAAUUGGUAAAUGUGCAGCUCCUCCUUAAUGAUAAUGUUUACCUACUGAAGACCAUCAGCACAAGUCAGCUGGACUCAAAAGCUGACAAAGGAGACACAAAUGCCGGGAUGUCACCACACUACUAUCAGGAAGCCACAGUGAAGUACAAGAUGGUUGUGCGAGGUGAAACCUUUGGCGCCCAUACACAGCUGAUGGAUCAAGUGAAGUGCGCCACUAAGGGCGACGUUCGGCUUUUGGAAAACUCUCAGGACAGCCAGAUUAUUAUUGUCUUCUGUCCAAUCACGUCACGCGUUGAGUCAGACGUGAAGGCAGCGAUGACUGGUGUCCCAGGUGACAAACCCGUCAUUCUGGUGAAAAUGCACCAUGUAUGUGAGUCCAAGUCCUCACUGUGUUUAAAUACAUCGAUUGAUGACAGGAAUAUUGUGUUGCAGGUCAAUGUUUUCUACCAUGAGAGCUUACGUGGGUUACUGCAGUGCGAAUUAAAUGACACGGCUGUCUACGAUAUCAAACAAGAAUUACUGAAGCUCAGUGAUCAUAGAAGUACAGAUACCAGGGCAAGUACUUCUGGUCAGGGUCCUUCAAGUUGGCAAAUUUCUGACCCUCGUACCUGGUCGUGGAGCUUGGGGGCAAAAUAGCUGGGGCUUGGAGGCACAACAGGUGGGUCGAGCGGCCCUAUCACUUUAGGGAGCAGUGAACAAAUCACAGUCAAUGCGGUAGGACAUGAGGAGAGACCAGUGUGUAUUUUAUGUCUGAAAACUCUACAUGACCCAACAAAUUAUGAAGACCCUUAGAAACAUAACACCCCAGUCACGUGCAUGUGUUCUUUUUGGCUGAGCUUUAUCAUCUUUGUAACAAAGUGAUUAUAAUUGAAUGCAUGAAACAAAUUCUAGCUCCAAAGUUUGGCAUGAAAGUUUGAGAACCACUGGGUUAAGAUAACAAUCUUGUUUACAAACAACAAGGUGAAUACAUAACCACUUUGAUGGAGGUAAAUUAUGGUAUCAGCUCCAACAUCAGAAACAAACAGAGAAAAUGUAUAAUAACCAAAUAUAUAUUAACAGUAUGUUAAACAUUGGUAUGUAAAAUCUCAGAGGAGAAGAUGAUAUUAUGAUAUUAAAAGUUUUUUUUCCAUGUCUGCUGUUAAUUUUCUAAAGCUGCCAUAAUUUAAUGUGUUGUGUCUUUGUACCAGUCAUGGAUUUGAAGUAAGAGGCUACACAUUCAGUAAUCAGACAACUUUGUGUGUUGACCUACAAGAGACAAAACAAUGAAUAGAUACGCAAAUAAAGUUUGUGUUAAUGUACAUUUUGCUGUAACUGCUUACAAUGGAAUGCUUCAGAAUACAUGUGUAAUUACUGUACAAGAAUGUAUUUGUUUCGUAUUACGUGCAACUCAUUUAAGGCUUUGAUGUUCACCUGACAUAAUGUUUAAUAAAUGUACUAAAAGACA